GGUCUAUAAGAUGUAGUCAAAAUCACCUUCUCAUGCAAAUCAGCAUAUAAAGACCCCGUUCGCCGUAAAGAAAGUCAGCAUUCAUCCGCAACCAGUCUUCUUGAAUUAUUCUCUUUCCAAGUCAUCCAUCCAUUCUUCGAAUAUUCAACAUGGGUGAUAUUGAACAGAUCAAACCUGUCGAUCUGAGCCUUUCAGAUAUAGUGAAGACAUAUCACAAUUCUUCUUACGCCGCCAUAUCACCUUUUCGCCCCGAGUUGAGCCAAGCCGGAAGAACAGUUCUAAUUACUGGAGCAUCCGCUGGAAUAGGAUUUUCCAUCGCCAGAGCAUAUGCCUCAGCCUCAGCCUCUAGAGUGAUCCUCAUAGGUCGCCGUAAAGAUGUUGUCCACAGUUCCGCUUCCAGGCUAUCAGAGGAGUUCAAAAAUACAAAGUUUGAUGCACGUGUCUGCGAUGUUGGCAAUGUAGCCCAAUCUGCAGCUCUCUGGCUCGACCUGCAAGCUGAUGGCGUUUUUGUCGAUGUCCUCGUGCUGAACGCAGCGAAGUUCGGAGGCCAAGAGUCGAUCUUAAAUGCGGGCGUUGAGAACAUUUGGUCGCAGUAUGAAACCAACGUGAGGUCGCUCUUACAAUUCACCCAGCAGAUGUAUAAACAAAAGGGCCACGAGGGCAGGAAAAAGUAUCUCGUUUAUGUCUCCACGGCCGCAAUCCAUGAUGAAUCUGUUGCAGCGUUCUUGCCAACCUAUUCUCUCAGCAAAGCGGCUGGCCAUUAUCUGAUGCAGAAGAUAGCUGUUGAGGUUGACCAAAAGGAAUUACAGAUCGUCAGCUUCCAUCCCGGAUCAAUUCUCUCUGAGACGAGCAGAACUGCUGGUCUUGACGAGAACUCGUUCUCUUGGGACGAUGAUGAUCUACCUGGACAUUUCGCUGUCUGGGCAGCGAGUUCCGAAGCUGCAUUUUUACACGGUCGAUUUGCCUGGGCAGCUUGGGACGUGAAUGAGAUGCAGUCUGGAGAAGUCAAGAAACGCACUGAGACAGAUGCAAAUUUUCUCACUCUCAAGCUUGUAGGGCUAUGAAAUUUGUGUAUGCCUCUUAAAUAGAGGCGGAUCUCCGUGAGAGGGCAUUGAUGUUCAACCUAUAGUGAUAGAAUCAAUAUUUUGCAUAGAAGAAAUCUCAUACAAAACCUUAUUAUAUAUAUUAUGUCACAGAAUGACAUUGACUCCAGCUUGUUUCCUGUUCAUACUAUGUACCCGAGAGUAAGAUAGAAGUUCUAGUUCUAACUCCUAAUCUUUGGGUUUAUCAUCCGGCGACAAGGCUUCUGAAUACUCCCAGAAGUGAUCUCGGGAUAGAUAAAGAAAGAAAGAUAAUA